AUGGGGUUGAGUGUCUGGCAGGAGAAGCAAGUUGAGUUCUUCGAGGCCUCGGCCACCAUGGACAAGGACAUCCGGUCACUUUCAGCUCCGGCUACAGGUGACCUUCCCUUUGGUGUGCUGGCCUGUUGGACGCUGAUAGCAGCUUGCAUUGUUGCAGCCGUCAUUGCGCGACUCAUUCAGUUGUGCAAUGCGCCAUCCGGCAGCGAAAGCUUGCCGAGACAAGCAGCCAAGCGGCGUACGCCGAGCGAAGAUACGUCGCAGGCGAUGGAUAGCAUAGUGCCGGAAGAUAUCUCGAAGGACUAUGUGGAAGUCACCUUGGAGCGAUCUCGAGGUCAGUCUUGGGGCCUCGUUUGGCACGUCCAAGCCUACGAGUCGGAGAGGUUUCUGAUCGCGGGCCUGGAGCCAAAGUCUCCAGCAGGCCUGCUUAAGGACCGUCAGGCACAAGGCCUGCGCCCGCUCCGGCGAGGUGAUGAGUUAGUGAGCGUGAAUGGGACAUGCUACUUUCAAUCUAUGCGCCGUCAGCUGGAGCGGGCACAGAAGGUUCGCCUUCAGUUUCUGAAGGCAGAUGUUGUUAUGCCCCUGGAGUGCGACAGCUGUGAGAGUCCCACAGCGACCACCAAGCCUGACCCAGAAACAUCCCUGGAUGGCUCAACAGGAAGCCCUAGCUCCCAGAGCCAACCAAGCCAAGCAGUUCCUCCAAUUUGUGAGAUGGUACGACCCGUACAACCCAGCUCACCCACAGAAGUCGAGGUAGCAGAGGUUGCAGGCAUGCAGUGCUCCACUGCCUUUUGCGCUGUUGAGCAUAGCCUGCCAGCACUUCCAGCUCCAGACAACAUCCCAGAGGGCAUGCCUGAGAGCUCCCCGCCACUUGCGCCAGCAACGGUGCGAGGGCGUGACAUAGCCGUGAAAAGGGCUGAUGUUCCCAACUGGUGCAAAGAGAAGAGGAAGUCUCGUCGACAUGCCUCUGCAGGCGAGGAGGAAGGCCGCUUGUCCAGCGGUUCUGGGUCCGGCUCAGAGCAGGUGUCCGGUGAAAGCAAGUGCCCAUCCACAGAUUGGGAGUACAUGAUGGACAACAGACCUGGCAGCUUGGUACAUGCAGAUCUCCUGGCACCCCGUGAGCCGCUUAGCGUGAGCCACAGCAGUGCCAGCAAUGUAGUGAUAGUGGCAGGCUCUCAGGCCGUGGCCUUGCAAACCGCCAGCGCCCUGGGCACUGUA